GCAGUCCAGUACAGCGCCGGCCGGUGAGCGGUGCAGUGUGUGGCUUCUUGCUGCUGCGAUCACCCCAUGAAGGAAAGUGACUAGAACUGACGACCCGAAAGAGGAAAUAAAAAAGGAAAACGAUUGAUAAAUCUGAUCCCAAAAAGAAAGAAAAAAGAGGAACAUUAAAAAAAUAAAAUAAAAACUGAAAAACGAGAAAAUCGAUCCGUUCGAAAUUCGCGACGGACACGAUGCCCUGAUCUCCCCUCGACGGAGAUUCUCGCCGCCCAUCGACGAUUUUGUGGGCGUUUCUCUCUUUCUCUUCACACACGCCCACUUACACACCCAACGCCCACACUGACACCACGCCCACUGUACCACACUCGCGCCCAACAUACACAUAACACCAUCCAACCUUUCAUCUUCCUUCGACAUCGCGAAGAAACUAAAUUAAAGAAAUUUUUAGAAAAGGAAAUUAGGGAGAGAAAAUCGAACGAAAGAGAGAAAAAGAGAGAAAGAGAUUAAAAUAAUCCGACGAAACGCGCGCGUCGUCUGCCCGUCCGUGUAAGUGCCUCCAGGACCCUCUCGACCACAAUCCCGCGGGGCGUGGCCUCGUAGGGACCCGCCCACAGUGAAGGAUGUUGUCGUCCUGCUGGUUCACGACUCCCUUCACCGGAUGCUUCAGCACGGCCGUCAAAGGUGGCGUCGGCAGCGGUAUGCAGGAGGGUGGAGAGGGCGAGACACGAGUCCGCGUUAGCCAGUCGGAAGAACGCAGCCGUCGAUUCCUCCGACCGUCGCACCGAAGUCGUUCCGAGGGGCCCCUAGGCAGAGACAUUGAUGAUGAUAGUUUUCUUGUGUCUGAGUACAAGACCCAGUUUGCCUGGGUUAGGAGGCCACCCUCCGCCAGGGGCCCUGAGCUGCUGCACGGAUCCCACUGCUGCCACCAAUUAUCUAUGUAG